AUGCCGACCGUCACAGCUUUCACACCGACUUGCUCCGGCAGGCCGAGCAACAGUGACGACGCCCUCUCCUCCGCGACGACAUCUGGCGCCGACACGCCUGCCAACGAUAAGCCGACCUUGCAGCGCCGCCGACAUUCCUUCUUCCUCCCGCGCCGCAAGUCCAUCGUCGGCCACAUCAUGGACACCGAGGAGGGCCUGCUGCUCAAGGUCGACCUCUUCCUGUCCGAGCUGGAGCGCCGCCUCGAGUUCAUCGAGCGCUACGGCGACAUGGGCCGCGACUACAACAUUUCCCGCGCCUUUUCCACCCUCCAAGCCGUCCGCACACGCUGCGCUCAAGCCUCCGAGGAGGUGAUUGGCGCCGGCCGCCGCCGUCUGCACGUCAUGAUUGAGACUCUCGAGACGCGGUACCAGGAGACGCUGGCGGCGACCGAGUCGCUCCCCGAAAAGGCCUGCGUCGGCAUCGAUCUGCUCGAGGGCAUGCUUGCGGAAUUUGAGGAGCGUGCGCACAAGCUGCGCGAGCAGAGCUUUGCGAAUGCUGCCACAGCUGCCGAGGCUUUCAUGGACGAGGGUCGUCGUGUCGCCACGGAAAGUAUUGGGCGUGCCCGAGAAGUAAUGGAUGAGGGUAUUGAGCGUGCCAGGCGUGCCGCUCUCUCUCUCGAGGAGCACAUCCAGCAAGCCGUUCUCCUAGCCAAGGAGAGACGGCUGUUGGCGUACCAUGAGUUGCCCGUCCCGUGGCGCAAUAACCCGCAUAUCCACAAAGGUUAUCGCUUUACCGAGAGCAAGCUGGAGUGUGUGCGCUCCGCCUUCAACAUUUCCAACGAGUCCAUCAACAUUUGGUCUCAUGCCCUAGGUUUGGUGCUGGUGCUCGCCGUCGCCUUUUACUUUUACCCCACCAGCGCCAACUUCUCGCUCAGCACCAAGAGCGACGUUUUCGUGGCCGCCGUCUUCUUCAUCAUGGCCUGCCUUACGCUCGUGUGCUCCGUCAUCUGGCAUACGAUGAACUCGGUCGCUGACGUCAAUGCUAUUUCCAUUUUUGCCUGCGUCGACUACACCGGCAUCUCGCUGCUCAUUGCGGCGUCCAUCAUGACGACCGAGUAUACGGCAUUCUACUGCGACCCCAUCAGCCGCUGGACUUAUAUGCUGCUGACGGCUUCUCUCGGCGUAGGCGGCGUCAUCCUGCCCUGGCAUCCCAAGUUUAAUAAACCUGACAUGUCCUGGGCACGCGUCGCCUUUUUCGUCGGCCUGGCCCUCACGGGCUUUAUGCCCAUCCUGCAGCUGCUCUAUACGCACGGCUCAGAAUUUGUCGUCGACUUUUACUCGCCCAUUCUCAAGUCGGUUCUCGUCUACUUUGGCGGCGCCAUUGUGUACGCGAGCAAGAUUCCCGAGCGCUGGUACCCGGGCAUGUUUGACUACAUUGGCGGCAGCCACAACCUAUGGCACGCUGCGGUGCUCGGUGGCAUCAUAUUCCACUACACGGCCAUGCAGCAGUUCUUCGCCAACGCCUUUGAUCGCGCUGUGAGCGGCUGCCCUGCCUACUAG